CUCCUCUCAAAUUCUUACGGAUCGGGGUUUAAGGCGCCAUGGAUAGAUACAAAAAGGUCGAAAACCACAAAGCCGAAUCCGCCAUUAACGAGAAUACGCUUAAGAUUUACGUUGAAGGGAGUCGUGUGAUUUUGUUUUAGUUUUUUGUUGAUUAUUCGUAGUCCAGUGUUCUGAGUUGUUGCACGUUUGUAGAAAAUUUCAGUUGCGGCUAUUGUUUGGAGUUUGGAUGCUUUAAGUACUGUUUAUGCGUCGAUGCUGCUGUAAUUUCCGAUUCUCAUUAUUUGUUUCAAAUGAAAUGGUAUACUGUAGCAUAGAUAAUAGUUACUCAGUAUCUGUUAACCGAAGACUUAUGAAGUUGUGGCUGUGAGGAGAAAAUAUAGAUCUAUGCUCUCUUUCUAGUAGUAAUUGGUAUAUAACAUAUGACUAAAUUUGAUUGGAUUAAUUUAAAUUCAGGGUUAUUGAUUACUUGAUGUUUAUCUGAAUUGUGGUUGAGAAUACUGUGUGUGUGUGUGUGCUUGGGUUGCUGUUGUUCUCUAGCUGUAUUAAUUUCUGUGGUGGUUUGAGGUUCAAUGCUGUUGUCAUCAUCAUUUGGUAAUAACAUUGUAAUUCUGGGAGCGAUUUAUUGGCCUUCUUGGUUUUCCAUGGUAUCAAUCGCCUUGUCUACAGAGAACUCUCCGGGUAAAUUUCUUCUGAGUGAUAGGGAUUGAGAGGAGCUAGAGAUUUGAUUUUCUUAGUAACCAAGAUAGAGCAAGAGCAGAUCUAGGCUAAAAAUUCCCAUUGGCUUGUUCUGGUUUUGAACUUGCUGCCUGAAACAAACAACCUGAACUAUUGUUUCAAAUUAUCCAUUUCCUGUGACUGCAAGCUCAUUUGAUUCCCUUUUUGUUGAGACUGUUUUUGAUAUCCAUCCAUUUUCUGUACUUCUUCCUUUAUGUAUUGACUACACUUCUAUUCUUUGGCUGACUAAAACCUAUCUGCAUAGGUAUCAAGCUCCAUCUUAUGUACCAAUCACAACCGCAACCUCCUAGACAAUCUGGUAACGAAGAUUUUUAUGGUCGUGGUAGAGGGAGGGGAAGGGGUUGGGGCAGUGGUGGAUAUGGGAAUCAUCAGGGAGAGUACCAAAGGAAUUUCCAGGGAGACUAUGAAGGGAACUAUCAAGGAUCCGGGUAUAGAAGAAGCAGAUAUUCAGGUGUUUUGAUUUAACGAAAAAAGUUCGCAAUCACUAUCUGAAAUUUAGGUGAUAGAGGCCAUGGCCGAGGCCACGGUAGGAUGGGCAACCAUGGUCCAAGGGAUGGUGGCAAUCAAGCAUAGCCUUUGUUGGAUCUGAGGCUUGCCUUGCCUUAUGUCAGGAGUCUGUUCUAUAAUGCACUUGUUAUCACAGGCAAAAAUGUUUGUGUAUAUUCCAAGAUUGGGCAGAACUUGGACGGGGAAUAUGUCCAGAUUCACCAAUGCACUUAGGCGACUGAGUAUUAUAUAACAUUGAGAGAGACAGCAACGCCUCACAGUUUCUAUCUUCUUCAUCUCAUCACCACCUCUGUAGAGAUACAAAUAAAAAAGAGAAAGCACCAAGGUACGAGGAACUCAGAUCGAGAAAUAUACUGGAGAUGGAAGCUUCAGUUGUAAAUCAUCCUCAGCUAAUGCUUUAUGCCAUUCCUAAAGUCCCUUCCGGCGAUGGUCCCUAUGUUCGAGCCAAGUAUGCUCAGUUGGUUGAGAAGGAUCUGGAAACAGCAGUAAUAUGGUUCUGGAAGGCCAUAAACGCAGGAGAUAGAGUAGGGAGUGCCCUGAAAGACAUGGCAGUAGUGAUGAAACAGUUGGAUCGCUGUGAAGAAGCCAUUGAAGCCGUCAAAUCUUUUCGAGGUCUCUGCUCAUUCCAGUCCCAAGAUUCCUUCGAUAAUGUUCUUCUAGAUCUAUACAAGAAAUGUGGGAAGGUGGAUGAACAAAUAGUGUUGUUAAAGCAGAAGCUGAGAAAGAUAUACCAAGGGAAGGUCUUCAAUGGCAGACCAACGAAGACAGCUCGCUCCCAUGGCAAAAAGUUUCAGGUUUCUGUCAAGCAAGAGACAGCCAGAAUACUGGGUAGUUUGGGCUGGGCCUAUAUGAUGAAGUCCAACUUCAUAACAGCAGAAGUGGUGUACCGUAAGGCCCAAAUGAUCGACGCCGACGGCAACAAAGCGUGCAACCUGGCCUACUGCCUCAUCAAACAAUCCCGCCACGACGAGGCCCGAUUCUUUCUGGAACAAGUAUCGAGCGGCAGAUACCCGGGCUCGGACGAACCCAAAACGAGAGCCCGGCUCGAGGAAUUGCUUUCGGAGUUGGACUCGGUACAGCCCCCAUGCUUCAUGCAAAACCUUCCCGCCGGUCCCGGGCUCGGGCUGGAGCUGGACCACGAUUUUCUCGCUGAGCUCGAUGGGGUGAUGAGCGAGUGGGGUCCACCCAGAUCAAGAAGGUUGCCGGUCUUUGAAGCCAUCACUCCAAUCAGAGAUCAGCUGGCUUGUUAAUUUUUAGUAGUAUAAAAACAAAACUGUGAAUAUUAUAUUAGUUUGGGAAGUAGUGGAAAGCAUAAGGGGGCUCCAAGUUCUGUUGCAUACUUGCAUGUAGACCUAUUGUAUGUCCAGGUUCAUCUGUUUGAAUAAUAAUAAUUACUCCAAGGAAGAUGAUGAUCCAAACUGCAGA